GGUGGGGAGGCAGGGCAGCCCUCCCACAGCCCGAGGCUGCCAGGGUCCUGGGAGCCGCCACAGCCGGGCCCGGCACCGCCCGUGCUGAGGAGAUCCUGGCUGCUGUCCAGGUGCUCCCUGCUGCGGCGGCAAGCGACCCCGGGAUGUGGCCCACCUGCGUCUGUGAGCCCCCGUGUCCCCAUCCGUAAGACAGCUGUCGUCGUGGUGCCCACCCUGAAGAGACCCUGCUUUGCAGACGGCUCUCCAGGCCUCUGCUGGCCUUCAGGCCCGGCAGGAGGAUCCAGCUGCCCUGCCUCCCAGCCUCCACGCUGCCCCGCGCGCCGGGCCUGGACCUGCCCCCGGGCCUUUGCACCUGCGGCCCCUGCUGCCCACCGCCCUCUCCCUCCACGCUGCUCGUUCCCGCCCCUGGGGUCCCCCUUCCAGGGGAGCGGCCCCUCCCGGCCCCUCCGUGUGUGUCUCGGCACUUGCGUUGCCUGAAAUCGGCUUUUCUUUCCUGUGUGCGUUGGUUGUCUGUCUCCUGGACGGGCAGGGACCUCCCCAGGGGGCGGGGGCCUCGGGGCCUGUCGGGCACGGAGUUUUUCUGUGUGGGUGGGGGUGGGCGUGGCGGAGCCGGGUGGGGAGAAGGGGGUUGAUGGCAUCAGUGUUCAGGGAGAUGUGCAGCGCGCACAGCCAGCCUGUGGAGCCCUGCACUCCCGCCGGGGCCUCGCGCCAGGCCCGGAUGAAGGUGGGCUCAGAGGCGGUGGCGGUCUUGGUUUUGUCAUCACUCUCCGUGGAGGUGCACCCGUGUGCAGGGGAGGCUGGGCUGUGACGACCUGCGGGGCGUGAGGACCGGCUCGGGAAGCCUCUGCGUGCUUUCCUGGGGACCCCAACCCCAGCCCCGUCCGCUCCCCACGCUGCACGCUCACUCCCAUGGGUGCCUCCGGGGCCUGGGCCUCCCCAACACGGCUGCCCAGGUCCCACCACGGACUCCGACCAGAGCGUCCCUGCUUCACCGCUGGCCUCGCCUCCGGCCACUGGCUCCAUUCCUCGAGCUGCCUGGUUCAGGCCUCCACCUUCCCGGCGCAUUUCAGCAAUGUGCGCGUGCUUGGUGGGUGUCUGCCUCCUCCUGUCCCGACGGUCUGCUCACUGUCGGGUCCGGGGGCGGCCCUGCCCACAGGUGGCCCAGGCCCCGACAGGCCUCCGCGAGAGGCGUCCUCCUCCCCGGCCCCCUGGCUUGUCUUGUCCUUCGAGUGUGCCCUGCUCUUAGGGUCCUUGUGACCCUGUGUUGAGCGUCCGGUGGCGGAGCUGGGGAGAGCCAGGGCUGUGCCGCCACCGGGCCUGCGUCCCUGCCCCGCUCCUCCGCGCCUCCACCUCUGCCCGGACGUGGGGGCGGCCGUCACGCGGGGCUCGCGGGUGCGGGGUGACGCGGGGCUGCGUGCGCCUGGUGCCCCCGGGCCUGUCUUCCCUGCCGGCCCGCGAGCUCCGUGGGCAGGCCCGGCCUCCCCGCUGCUGCGCGUCUCCUGGUCUCAGGACUCGGUGAGUGAGCACGCAGGAGGGCCUGACCCAGACCCCGAGCAGCGGCUCCAGCGGUUCUGGGCACAGACGCGGCGCGGGGACGGCCUGCCUUCAUGUCCCGGCCCUGCUGCCGCUGCCUCGGUGUCCUCACGACGGGGGUGAUGGUGCCGCCUGCCCGGACGUCAGCCCCUGAGGACAGAGCCUGGGGGCUUGUGAGCGACCCGCUCGGCAGAGCACGUGGGCCCAGACAUGGAGCUGCGGGAGGAGGCCUGGUCUCCGGGGCCGCUGGACUCCGAGGACCAGCAGAUGGCCAGUCACGAGAACCCAGUGGACAUCCUCAUCAUGGAUGACGACGACGUCCCCAGCUGGCCCCCGACCAAGCUGUCCCCGCCCCAGUCGGCGCCCGCGGCUGGCCCCCCGCCCCGGCCGCGGCCGCCCGCCCCCUACAUCUGCAACGAGUGCGGCAAGAGCUUCAGCCACUGGUCCAAGCUGACGCGGCACCAGCGCACGCACACGGGCGAGCGGCCCAACGCCUGCAGCGACUGCGGCAAGACCUUCUCGCAGAGCUCGCACCUGGUGCAGCACCGGCGCAUCCACACCGGCGAGAAGCCCUACGCCUGCUCCGAGUGCGGCAAGCGCUUCAGCUGGAGCUCCAACCUCAUGCAGCACCAGCGCAUCCACACGGGCGAGAAGCCCUACGCCUGCCCCGACUGCGGCCGCAGCUUCACGCAGAGCAAGAGCCUGGCCAAGCACCGGCGCUCGCACAGCGGCCUCAAGCCCUUCGUGUGCCCGCGCUGCGGCCGCGGCUUCAGCCAGCCCAAGAGCCUGGCGCGCCACCUGCGGCUGCACCCGGAGCUGUCGGGGCCCGGCGUGGCCGCCAAGGUGCUGGCGGCCAGCGUGCGCCGGGCCAAGGCGCCCGAGGAGGCGGCGGCGGCCGACGGCGAGAUCGCCAUCCCGGUGGGCGACGGCGAGGGCAUCAUCGUGGUGGGCGCGCCGGGCGAGGGGGCCGCGGCGGCCGCGGCCAUGGCGGGCACGGGGGCCACGGCGCCGGGACCCCGCUCGCGGCGCGCGCCGGCCCCCAAGCCGUACGUGUGCGUGGAGUGCGGGAAGGGCUUCGGGCACGGGGCGGGGCUCCUGGCCCACCAGCGCGCGCAGCACGGGGACGGGCUCGGGGCGGCGGGGGGCGAGGAGCCCGCGCACAUCUGCGUGGAGUGCGGCGAGGGCUUCGUGCAGGGCGCGGCGCUGCGGAGACACAAGAAGGUCCACGCCGUGGGCGCGCCCUCGGUCUGCAGCCGCUGCGGACAGAGCUACUACCGGGCCGGCGGGGACGACGAGGACGACGACGGCGAGGCGGCGGGCGGGCGGUGCAGCGAGUGCCGUGGCGGGGAGGGCCGGUAGGGGCGGAGGCCCGGGGGGGCAGGGCCCCUCGGGCUUGGCGGGGACGACGGUGCAGGACCCAGAGACCCGGGAGAAACGGACAGAGGGCUGCCCCGGGGCGGCGGCGCGCUCGACCCCCUCCCCUCCCGCGGCGCGUGCGGCCCGAGGGGUGCGGCGGGCCUGGGGCGGGGCGCCGCGGGCGCUCAGCUGGCCGCCCGACCCCUCCCCUUGGCCGCCCCUCGGCCUGGCCUGCCCCUUGUAGGUUCUCGGCCGAGCCCGAAUCAGGACGUUGUGUGAGAACUAGAGAGACCAAGAAACGACAAACCCACGAGCGAAAUCGACCAUUUUCCCUCUUUCUCUUCCCCCACGACGGGGGAUGUUGCGAGGAUGGCGAGCAGUUGGGCCCUUUCCACUCGGAGGGGCCCCAGAAAGGGAAGGGAAAGAGGGGUCCUUUUCCCUUUUAGAAUUUUCUUUUAAUCAUACCCCCUUCCUGACCCCGCCCACCUGUUGUUUUCUCUCUUCUCCUUCGCGGGUCCCAUCCUUUUUCCUCGCUCCAGCCCUUCCUCCCCGUCCUGGAUCAGGGGUAGCAGAGGAGUGCUGGAGGGAACUAGCCCCUGUCCCAGGCGCACCCCGCAGAGAAUGGGGUCCCGUCUCAUCCCAGGCCUGGGCGCGGCUGGAGGAGGGGCGCGGGGGCAAUAAAUCGCACUAUCUAAUUGUC